CAAAAAUUAGUAUAUAUGCAUACAUAUACCCUACAUGGACAUCCUAUAAAAUUUGAACGGUACAAAGAAACAUUAUCCCUGCAAAAGAAUGACACGCGUAAAUCAAAAAGCCAAUUCAAUACCAUAAGCAUGGAAGAAUCACCUGAUCCUCCAUUUGUGGAGACAUACAAAAAUCUUAUUGAUACCAAUAUAGUCGAUGAUGAACACAUUGACCUAUUCAUGGUGGAAGAAUGCGAGUUGCCUUUGAUAAAUCUUCAUCAACUUAACUAUGGAAACAAAUUCGAGAGAGAAGAAUGCAAGAAGAAGAUAGCCAAGGCAUCGCGAGAAUGGGGUUUUUUCCAAGUGGUGAACCAUGGAGUUUCACCUAAUAUUUUGGGACAAAUGAGGACGGAGCAAGUCAAGCUUUUCAAGAAAACGUUCAAUGAAAAGAUAAAUAUUGAUAAAAGUCUUAAUUUCUCCGAAGGAAGUUACCGUUGGGGAACGCCAACGGCGACUUGCCUUCGGCAGAUUUCAUGGUCGGAAGCUUUUCAUGUACCUCUCUCAGAUGUUUCAAAGGGUUUCAGCAGCCUCAGCUUUACCAUGGAAGAAUUUGCAACAACAUUAUCUGAAUUAGCACAAGAAUUAGCAAGAUUAUUAGCAGAAGAAUUGGGAGAUUAUUAUAAUUAUAAGUUGGAUUAUUUUAAAGAAACAUGUUUGUCAAGUACUUGUUACCUAAGAAUGAAUAGAUAUCCAGCAUGCCCUAUUUCACCACAACUCUUUGGAUUAAUGCCACAUACUGAUAGUGACUUCCUCACAAUAUUGCAUCAAGAUGAGAUUGGAGGCUUGCAAUUAUUUAGUGAUGGCAAAUGGAUAUCUGUUAAGCCUAAUCCUGAAGCACUUAUCAUUAAUAUUGGAGAUUUAUUCCAGGCAUGGAGCAAUGGUGUUUAUAGAAGUGUUGAACAUAGAGUUGUGACAAAUAAAUUUAAAGAGAGAUUUUCAACAGCAUUUUUCUUAUGUCCCUCUUAUGACACAGAAAUACUUAGUUGUGUUGAACCUUGUCUUUAUAAAAAAUUUACAUUUAGAGAAUUCAGACAACAAGUCCAAGAGGAUGUCAACAGUUUUGGUUAUAAAAUAGGUCUUCCUAGGUUUCUUCUAUCAACCAACUAAACACACACAAGUUAAAUUACGGGAGAUUUGGUUUUGUAGCCGUUAUAAAUUUAUUUUUAGUUUUAUUGUUUUUUUUAUGAGAUAUAUUUAAUUUUACAAGUAAGAGAUCUAAAAAUGUCA